AUGCCAGUCGCGUUUGAAACCUCCGUUACUGAUUCCACAUCAUUUCCAGUUGGCGAGCACAGUGCCAGCCUGACUAAAGAAGUUCACACGGAUUCAUUUUUGGAGGCUCCACCACAGCGUGUUCACGAAUUGCGUCAGACUACUCGGGAAGAACGGGAACCGUUGAAGGUUCAAGAGGAACCCGAACAAAAACAAAAUUCAAAUUCCUUUAUAGAAAGAACACGGGAUCCGUACUCAUUACCGCAAGAAAAGACAUUGAAUUCGGAAGAAGACGUCUCCAAUGCCGCUGUAAACGAAACCAUCGAAGAAUGUGCCACGAUUACCUCCGACACGGAAGUGGAUAAAGAUUUAAGUUUCGAGGAGAGGUUACUUAAUGACAAUGAAGAUUACGAAAUGGUUUUAAGAGCCAUCAAUGUUCUGAAAUUUCAAUUACAACAAGCAAAAGAAGAUAUAUGUAAAUUAAAAUUUAUGAAAGAGAGGGCUCUUGAAGAUCCCAUACAAUUCGUCGAGGAUCUGCGUAACGGGACAAACGAAAAGGUACCCAAGCGUCAAUUUGUGUUUGGCGUUCCAAAAAUUGAUUGGAGCAAAUAUCAUACCAACCCACUGGAGUAUAAUGCGCGACUAGAGAAAGAGGCCCUAGAUGAUUCUAAGACUUUGGAGAAAAGUCGAUCUCGACCAUAUCGGGAGGAAUCACCGGACCUUACCGAGCUUGUUCAUAAAAAAGCACAGGAAUUAGGCUUUAAAGUUCCACUAAAUGCUGUGAAGUCCACGCGUUUCAGAAAAAGAACGGAUCGAAAUGGUGAUAACGACACCAUUUUCACAAAUUCCUCAAAGAAUGUUGAUUUAAGGUCUUCAGGUCCAAGAAGAAAGGCGGUAGGCUUGAGACCGUCGGCAUUGAUGCACGCAGCUUCAAAAGAUUCGACAAGAUUUGCAAGGUUUGAUAUUAGGCUGACAUCAUUUUUUGUAUACGGAUUAUCAGCGUUCUUUCUGUUUAAUUGGAACACGAAUUUAUGUUCUGAAGACUGUCUCAAUAACCCAUCCUUUGAUAGUGAAGUUGCAGUGGAUAAAAGUUCGAAUAUGUCAUCGAAACGCAAUGUGCCGUAUACAGAGCGUCAUCUAGAACGUUUUCUUGGCAAAUAUCCUGGAGGGGAGGCCCAGCCAAAUAAAUAUAAAAAGAUUGUAAAUAGUUUAAAAGUCAGAGCUCCGAAACAGCCUCCACCCACAUUAUAUAUGCCUGAUGAUGACGAUGAAGUUAGCAUCAAGAACGUGAUGAUGUCUGUUGACAAGGUCAAUGAAUCACAGACCUCACAGACUGUGAUGAGAGCCGCCAAAUUGACCUCUGCGAAGAAUGCAUGGCUGAAGGAAAUUUCGAAAAUGGUAUUCAAUUACCAUCACAAAAAAUCUCAUCGAUUUUCGAUCAUCACCAAUCCAAUACCCCCGCAUUUCGAUGCGGAUUAUCUACCAGAGCGAGUCGGGGAGUAUAAUUAUUUAGGCCUUGCCCCUUCCGCCCCAUGA